AUGUUCAUUCAUUUCCAAAUAUUUAUAUUUAUCUUUUUUAUUGGACGCUUUAUUGCUCAACCUAUCGAUAAGGAUUUGCCAUCAUCGAAAAAUGCGAAUAAGCAAUUAUGCUUAAUUUGUCAAGAGAAACAGCAGGAAUAUGAUGAUGGUAAUGAGGGGAAUGGAAUAAGAAUUGAUGCAUUACUUGAAUAUGAUAAAACAAUGGGAGUUGACAAUCUUGAUGAGAUUGAAAAUGAAAUUUCAUUGAUCAAUUCAACUGCAUGGUUGCAAAAUCCAAGUGAUCCAAAAGAUUGGAAAGACAAAGUAGCAAAG